GGCGGUGACCAUUAUUUUUAACAUCACGAAUUGUUGAAAAUGGCAGACUUAACUCAUUUGUGAAGAUAACUAAAAAUUGUUUAAAAACUAUAGAACACCUGUUAACAUUUGUGCCAAAAUGGAUCUCUUUGAGACAACUUUAAAGGUCUUGGAAAACAGGACCGCUGCACAGGAGAAUUUAACACUAUCUAAGCAAGAUUUAGAUCAAUAUGAAGAGUACAUUACUGAAUUAAAACAACAGUUAACAGCGUUGGAAUUACACAGCAACGAAAACACACAAAUUUUGGAAGUGAAUAACUUCAGUAAGCUGGAAUUUAAUUCACAUUCAGUUGAAACAAAAAUGCUGUUUAGUUUAAUUCAUGGAUAUCUGCAGCAAACUGAAGAGAGUUUGUCUACUAUAUCUCAAAGAGAGAGUGUUUUAAAUCAUCUGUGCGCUGAAAAUGAUACCCGACUCAAAAAAGCAGAACAGAGCUUUGUCAAUGCUCUUAAACUCAUGGAAAUAUUAAAAAAGGAUGAGACGGAGAAGUCACUGAAGGAAGAGGAUGAAAUACAAAAGCAGAUAUGUGACACAGAAACACAAAUCGGAGAUGCAGAACAAGUGCUAACGUGUACUACACAGAAGUAUGACGAGAAAUUCGAAGAGUUGGGCCAACUAAGAUCAGAGUUGGAAUUAUUAGAAGAUAAAGUAGAAAUGGAGACUCAGCAGCAGCAGUCACUGAUAGAUGAAAAGGAAAGUUAUGGUAGACAACACCUAGAAGAAAUAAACAGUAACAGUGAAAUGAGCAAUAAAAUAGUCGAGAUUGAGGCGAACAUGUUAUCAGUUUCACAAAAAUUACAAGAGAUCUUAGAAAGCAAUAUUGAAGUUUUACAAAAACAGAUUUCAUCUCAAUUAAAAUUAGAGCAGCUUGAAAGAGAAACCUCAGAACUUGAAAUGAAAAUACUUGCAAUUGAACACGAAAGUGACCAAACUAUACAAAACAUGACACAAGAAAUUCAGUCAAAGAAGGUUUUAGUUGAACAAACUGAAAACAAACUUGCAGAUUCUAAAACCAAAACAAAUGAAAUAACGCAGGAGAUGCAAGAGCUAAACACAAAAAUGAACACUCUUAAAGACGAACUUGCUACUCUUCAGGCGAACUUUACCGCUGACGAAAAAAAAAGUUUAGAAAACAAUAAUUUGGAAGAAAUAGUUCAAGAACGUGACGACUUGAUAAAAGAUAACGAGAAACUAGUGUCGUUAAUUACCGACAACGAAGAGAAAAUUAAACAAAAGCAAAAACAACUCGACUUGUUACGAAGUAUUCCAAACGCAGAAAUUGUCGAGUUGACGAUCAAAAUAAAAAAGUUUGAAGCAGAAGCUCAAAAGAAAACCGAAUUAGAAAAUGAAAUUAGUGGUAUCGAUCUGCGUAACAAAAGUCUGCAGCAAAACGUUGAACAGCACCAAUCAACCAUAAAAGAGCUAACUGCCACAAAACAAAAGCUUGAACACGAACGCGAAGAAAACCAAGACGUGUUGAAAAGUGUUGCAUUAAAAUGUGACCUCAUACACCAGGAAAUUAAACGCUUAGAGGCUCAGAAAAAGGAAAGAGCUAAAGCAGUUUCAAAACCACCUGUAAAGAAAACUUGUUCUCAGUCGCCAAAGCAGCAUCCGAAAAAACGUAGCUUCGGCAUGAGUAUGGAAAGUGAUAGUAGUAUUGAUGGCGAGAGACUCAGUUAUGCCGAAUUUAUGGCUAAAAAGAAAAUGCUCAAGGAAAACAAAAAACAGAAAAGGAAUAAAAAUUAAAAAAGUUCGUUAAAUAACUUUCAAGUCGCUGGAAAUGGCGUACCUACAUAAGAUAUUCUUAAAUUGUUCACAUUAUAUUGCUGUUUUAAAUAUCAACA